GAUCUUACUUCAAUCAUCAAAAGGAAAAAACAAUAAUAUUAAAAUCUAAGUAACAAACCUAAAGAUGGCUACAAUAAGUUACUGUGCCUUCACAUUUAUAUUAUUCAUGCUAGCGCAUUUUGGGGAGAGUGCUACUAUCAACGUUGCUGCAAAGGCUAAUGUAGAUGUUGGUCCGGCAUUGUUGAAAGCUUGGAAAGAAGGAUGUGCGGCCACAACUGCCAGCACCGUUGUAAUCCCAAAAGGCACAUUCCCUAUGACCCAAGUAGAACUUGCGGGUCCAUGCAAAGCCCCGAUUGAGCUUAAAAUCAUGGCUAUCUUGAAGGCCCCUCCUAAUCCUAAAAAUAUGGACGGCAAAAAGGAAUGGUUAACCAUUAAAUACAUAGAUCACUUCACACUCUCAGGUGGUGGGACUUUGGAUGGCCAAGGAAAUGUCCAAGUUUAUCCCUCUAAAGAGAAAGGUUUUAAAGGUGACAAGCUACCCAAUAACUUGAGCUUGAAUUUCUUAACAAAUUCGGUAAUCCGAGACCUGACUACUCUAAACAGUAAAUUGUUUCACGUCAAUGUUCUUGGUGGCAAGAACUUAACGUUUGAUCAUUUCACCGUUAAAGCCCCAGGGAAUAGUCCCAACACAGAUGGAAUUCAUAUUGCAAAAAUAAUUGGUGUUACAGUUAAAGAUUCUGUUAUUGGAACCGGGGACGAUUGCAUAUCUCUUGGGGACGGGUUAGAAAACCUGAAAGUCACAGGUGUGACAUGUGGGCCUGGACACGGCAUCAGUGUGGGUAGCCUUGGCAGAAGUCCGGGUGAAACACCAGUGAAGGGCAUCUUUGUGUCAAACUCUAAAUUUAUUGGUACAGAUAAUGGUGUUAGAAUUAAAACAUGGCCUAAUUCUCAUCCUGGAGUUGUAACUGAUAUUCAUUUUGAGAAUAUAGACAUGCAAAAUGUCAAAAACCCAAUUGUGAUUGAUCAAGAAUACUGCCCGAAUAACGAAUGCUCAAAGCAGAAACCAUCACUAGUAAAGCUUAGCAAAAUAAGCUAUAAAAAUAUAAAAGGUACUUCUGCAACACCAGUGGCAGUGCAACUUGCAUGCAGCAGUGGGGUGCCAUGUGAAGGAGUUGAAAUCGGUGAUAUUAAUUUGACAGUCAAAGGCGGUGGUGCAAAAUCUAUUUGUAAGAAUGUGAAGCCUAAGCUAACCGGAAAGGUAGUUCCACCACUGGCUUGCGGCAAAUGAACAACUUUGUGAGAUCGAGUUCCAUAUUAGGACUCCCUGUAUUAGUAGUAUUCUAUGUUGCUACUACUAUACUUCUAGCUGUCUAAGCUCUUCUGUGUUUUUAUCUCUGUUGUUAAUUGAUAUUGAAUAUACAAUAAUGCAAGUUUAUACAUUCAUCUUCCAA